GUGGCGUGAUUUUGAUCGAAUCAUUGCUGCGUUUCGAGAUUAUGUAUUCUGUGAACACAAACAAUGUCUGCAGUAAAUUCUUCUGUUUUUUCUACAAUAUGCCUGAUUGUUACGCAAAAAGCUGCAAAAAUAGAAAAAUCGCAAAACGAAAAAAUAAGAUACAAAUAAAAAAUAAGAUACAAAUAAAAUGGAGAUAAUGUCACUUUGCCGCCAUCUUGAUGGUUGAUCAUACCAUUACAAUCCUCUUUCCCCUUAAGUUUCAACCCCGCGGAAAUAUGCUCGUCUUGAAAUUUCUACGUAUUUCUACGUCCAUGUUCUCUUAGAAUUGAACUUCUGUUGAAUAUGUAACAUUACAUAGAAUUUCGUCCACGUCACAAACGCUAAUCCGUUUUAUUUAAUUCUGGUGAUCUUAUUAGUGAAUAUAUAACAUAGUUAAAAGUGUAUGUACACAUUACAACGAGACUUACGUAUAUAAAACCGGUGUGCAUUCAAUAAAACAAAAUACAAAACAAUGGAUGAUAUAAAUAUUAAAAGAGAAGCGAGAAUACGGAGAAUCUUAGAAAAUUCAGACAGUCGAUUACGCAUGAUUACAUCCAGAUGCAAUCAGGAUGAAGCUAAAAAUACAAUGAAUGAAAUGAACGCCAAAAGAGAAGCAAGAAAACGUAAAAUCUUAGAGAACUCAGAGAAUCGUUUACACAAGAUUGGUGCAAGAUACGAUCUGGAUGAAACCAAAGAGGAUAAAUCUUUUGUGGAAAGUGACAAUUCUAAGUUAAGUUUGGAAGAAUGUACUAUCAGAAAUGGUAUAUGUAAUUUGGAAAAUUACAAAAACCCGCAGUAUUAUACAGGAUUUAAUGAAGAUAAACAUGAAAAGUUUCAUACAAGAUUUAAUGAAAAUAGAUAUUAUGAUGGACAAGAUAAAAAAUUGUUAAGUAACACCAGUGAUGGACAUAUAUAUGCCUCAGAAGAAGUAUCUUUUGACAGGAAAUCUAUAUCUUAUACAUAUUUAUCCCAUCAUAUAAAUAUCAUUAUGUUAGCUGUGAUUGUCAAUAUUUUGCUAGUACUAAAACUAGAUGAUUGGUUUGGGAAGACAGUACUCAUACCUUACUUGUUACUGAUGAUGGUGGGACGCUGGUAUAACAUAGAGAAAUUGCGAGAUGCAAAGGGUAGCAAUUUCAUGAAUGUAGUUCGUACUGUGAUAUUUUUGAAAAUCAAAUCCAAUUCCACAGAUAAAUUAGAAACUUUAUUUAUAUUAUGUAAAGUAAUAAUUAAUGAUUUUUGUUUGUAUAUAUUCAGUUUCGUUCUAAUGCGAUAUGUUCAUACUAUUUGUUACUAUUGUUAUCAUGUCUUAACGGAUGCAUAAUUAUUCGUAAUAAUUGGAAAAAUUAAUUGAGAUUAUAAAUUGCUAAUUUUGCACAAUAUACUCGCUUUUAUAUAUACUAUUGGUGAUAUGAGAUCCUUUGAUUAUUUUGUAUAAUAUAUUUAAAAUACAUUAAAAGAUGAACUCACAUUCGUGACAACGAACGUGUGUCAAUACCAAAAUUAAAGUAUAUUUCCAAAAAAAAAUUCAUGUAUUAAAUUUUUUACAUUUCAUAAUUUUAUCUGGAUGGAUAUAAAUUAUAUAAUCACCAUAUCGAAAAGGCAUUUAAAAUUCCGAGAAUAUAUGUAAUGUAAAAUUUAUAUGUAACAUUAAUGUAAUAUAAAAUAGAUAUUAAUAAGAUUAAAAUUUCAUUUAUGAUGUCAUCAAUAUUUCUCAGAGUACUUUAUCUGUUUCUUCUCUAUUGAUAUCAAUAAUUUUUUACACACACACACACACAUACAAAACAUAUAUAUUAGAAAUUAAAUGAAAAAAGUAAACUAAUCUAAUUCUUAUAGAUUUGCUAUUAUAUGUGGCUUCUUUUAGUUAAAAAGAAAGUAUUGUAAAUAAAAUAAAGAAAAACUUUUACAUUACUGACCUAUUUCCUAUGAUAUAUAUUGAGAUCAUGACCUGUAUUCUGAGUUCUCUUUUAAGGAGAAAUGAUCCUCUUAAAAAUAACUCAUAGCCAAUCAGAAAGCAUAUGAGCUACUGUUAGAGGCUCAUUUAUCGUUAAAAGAGAACUCAGAAUACGGGCCUAUAUCACUAUGUAACGUGCAAAAGGUUUUAGCCGUCGCUGAUUGUUUACUAAAAAGUUAUUAACAAAAAAGUUUGGUAAUUAUUUAAGAGUAAAAGUACUAUUUAGCCAUCUCCGAUAAUCUUGCCUUACAUAUAUCUUACAUAUAUAUUAUUAAGGACAUUAUUUUGAGUAAUUCAACACAAUACAAAUUGAGAUUGCAUAUCAAAGGCAAAAGUUUAGGUUAGUUUUUUGGAAAGGGUACAGAGAAGCCUCUCCCCCGCGUAUAUACGUAUAUUAUUUACCAUAUUUCAAUGUAACAUAUUUCAAUCUAUACGUAUAUUAUUUACCAUAUUUCAAUAUAAACUGUAUGCAAAAAUUACGUUCCAUUUAUAAAACUUUUUAAACUAAUUUUUUAACAAACAGUGAGCGAUGACCUAAAAUCUUUUGCAUAUUAUAUACUCAGGGAUAUAAUUUUGAUAAUAUAUAUUAAGGUCAAGAGAAAGUGGAUCCACUAAUGUAAAGGUUUAUCAAAAUAAGUUAUCAAAUACAAUGUAUAAUCACUAUUGUAUUAUAUUCAAUUAUUUAUUAUUAUUUCAAACUACAUGAUAUCUAAAUGUUCAUUAUUAUUUUAAGCAUUAUAUUAUCUUAAGCAUU